AGAAGAAGACGGAGAAGAAGCUUGCUGCUCGAGAAGAAGCGAAAUUGUUGGCGGGCUUCAUGGGUGUCAUGAAUAACAUGCGGAAACAGAACAAUAUUUGACUAAUACCCUGCUGAGUUCAGUUUGCAAAUACUUGACAUAUCUGUAAGGCAGUCUCUAAAGGAAGAAAAAAGUGCAAAGAAAAUGUGACCAAAAUAGCAACUGGCAGUUAAAGAAAAAAGAAGACAGCAAGAAAGCAAAAUAAAUAGCAUAAAAGAAGAUGGCAUUUGUAAGAAAACAUUGUGUGACGUGAUCCUUAUGGUCCAGGAAAGAAAAAUACCUGCUCAUCGUGUUGUCCUUGCAGCAGCCAGUCACUUUUUUAACUUGAUGUUCACAACUAACAUGCUUGAAUCAAAGUCCUUUGAAGUAGAACUCAAAGAUGCUGAACCUGACAUUAUUGAACAACUUGUGGAAUUUGCUUAUACUGCUAGAAUUUCUGUGAAUAGCAACAACGUUCAGUCUUUAUUAGAUGCAGCAAACCAGUACCAAAUUGAACCUGUGAAGAAAAUGUGUGUUGAUUUUUUGAAAGAACAAGUUGAUGCUUCAAACUGUCUUGGUAUAAGUGUGCUAGCAGAGUGUCUAGACUGUCCAGAAUUGAAAGCAACUGCAGAUGACUUUAUUCAUCAACAUUUUACUGAAGUUUACAAAACUGAUGAAUUUCUACAACUUGAUGUCAAGCGAGUUACACAUCUCCUCAACCAAGACACUUUGACUGUGAGAGCAGAGGAUCAGGUUUAUGAUGCUGCAGUCAGGUGGUUGAAAUACGAUGAACCUAAUCGCCAGCCAUUUAUGGUUGAUAUCCUUGCUAAAGUCAGGUUUCCUCUUAUAUCGAAGAAUUUCUUAAGUAAAACAGUACAAGCCGAACCACUUAUUCAAGACAAUCCUGAAUGCCUUAAGAUGGUGAUAAGCGGAAUGAGGUAUCAUCUCCUGUCUCCAGAGGAUCGAGAAGAGCUGGUAGAUGGCACAAGGCCCAGAAGAAAGAAACAUGACUACCGCAUAGCCCUAUUCGGAGGCUCUCAACCACAGUCUUGUAGAUAUUUUAAUCCAAAGGAUUAUAGCUGGACGGAUAUCCGCUGCCCCUUUGAAAAACGAAGAGAUGCAGCAUGCGUGUUUUGGGACAAUGUUGUAUACAUUUUGGGUGGCUCUCAGCUCUUCCCCAUAAAACGAAUGGACUGCUAUAAUGUGGUGAAGGAUAGCUGGUAUUCCAAACUGGGCCCCCCAACACCUAGAGACAGCCUCGCUGCCUGUGCCGCAGAGGGCAAAAUCUAUACAUCUGGAGGUUCUGAAGUCGGAAACUCGGCUCUGUAUUUAUUUGAGUGUUAUGACACGAGAACUGAGAGCUGGCACACAAAGCCCAGCAUGCUGACCCAGCGCUGCAGCCACGGGAUGGUGGAAGCCAAUGGCCUAAUCUAUGUUUGCGGUGGAAGUUUAGGGAACAAUGUUUCUGGCCGAGUGUUGAAUUCCUGUGAAGUUUAUGAUCCUGCCACAGAAACAUGGACUGAGCUGUGUCCAAUGAUUGAGGCCAGGAAGAAUCAUGGACUGGUAUUUGUGAAAGAUAAGAUAUUUGCUGUGGGCGGUCAGAAUGGCUUAGGUGGCCUGGACAAUGUGGAAUAUUAUGAUAUUAAGUUAAAUGAAUGGAAGAUGGUCUCACCAAUGCCAUGGAAGGGUGUAACAGUGAAGUGUGCAGCAGUUGGCUCUAUAGUUUAUGUCUUGGCUGGUUUUCAAGGUGUGGGUCGAUUGGGACACAUCCUUGAAUAUAACACUGAAACAGAUAAAUGGUUUGCCAACUCCAAAGUUCGAGCUUUUCCAGUAACAAGUUGUUUAAUUUGUGUUGUUGAUACUUGUGGAGCAAAUGAAGAAACCCUUGAAACAUGAAAAAUGAGUGGACUUCAAGACUUAUUGGAGACUCAAAAAUAUGGCCACCAAUACUUUGUUCCAAGAGUUGGUUACAAAGUUUUAGUUUGGUGGGUUUUGGGUUGGUUUUUUUUGUUUUUGUUUUUUUGUUUUGUGUGUGUGUGUGUGUUUUUAAGGAAAUUUCAAGUAAAGAAAGUCCCCUAUAAAAUCAUAUUUCCUUAAUUCAAAGACCACAUUUUAGCUGUCCACAUAAUCAUGAACAUAUCUAGCAAGAAAACUUGAAAAACACUAAGCAUUUGGUGAAAAUAUGAAUUUUUCUUAAAUGAAUUUCGCAUUUAUAACUAUAAUUAUGACAGAGUGGGAGAUUGGCUCAUCAGUGAACAGUCUCAUCUUAGCUCUAGAUUCUAUUUUCAUACAUCACAGAAGUGCUAUGUAUUAGGCUAUUUGUUUCAGUUUAGUCGAGAACUAAAAAAAUAGUAUGGAGCAGCUUAGUCUCCCAUAGAUUUGCUUGUCUUCAUUUGUUCCAUGUAGUGCCAAAUGUGUUCCAUUUUUAAAAGCAAGGCAGAGUGAGUCGAGGCAUGCGCAUACUCUCUCACAAACUUCAUAAUCGCAUUUUGGGACUUAAAAAUGUACCAAACUCCUGAUGAAAUAUAUUCAAUCCAAUUAAAUAUAUUCCAUCUUUUAAACAGAAAUGUCAAGCUUAGCACCCAUUAUUAAUUUGUCAUUGUUUUACCCAGGGCUUAAAAAAUGAUUAUGUCUCUUCAGUCCUCACUUCAAAUAAAAUCCAAUUAUAAUAAAAUGAUUGACUAGCCAGAAAUAAAGCUAUUUAUAGCAAAUUUAUAGGUCACUAGAAUAGCACUGAUAAUUAUACAAUAUCAGUGUUGAUUUUGAACUUCUAAUGGAUUAAAAGGUACAUGAUUUCUUUUCCUUAGCAAUAUGCAUCAGAGAUAUUUGAUCCCAUUGUAUCAAAAAGUUUUGUAAUAAUUUGAAUUGCAUAUUUGUCAUCUCUUACUGCUUUUGUGAAGUCAACAAGUCUUUCACAAACCCAUCUACUCAUUUCUUCCUACUAAUGUUUUGCCCGUUUACAUUAUGAAAAGUAUGGAAUGAGCUAUAUAAAGCUGUCACCAUCAAUGUUUUUAUCUGGUAAUAUUAAAUAUUUUUUAAUAAAACAGACUGCUAAGUUCUA